AUGUCGCAUCAGAGAAGACCUGGUGGUCAUAGCCGCCGCAAUCCUUCCGUCGAUAUGCCUAAAUACACCCCACUGUCUAUGGACGCAGACGCUCAAGCUGCUCACGAACGACAACGCGCCCUCGCCCAAAUAUCCGACUACGACUCAGCAUAUAAUUCAGACAUGCCUACGCAUGACCCUCCGCCACAGCGCACUCAAGACGAGCUGAAUCUCAAGGUCCUCAAGAUACACAACCCAGAUGUCGUCGAUGUCCUUUCAAUCAUCAAAUACGCCACCAUGUACGAGUUCAAGUUCGAGGACCCAUCGAAUCCUGGCUGGGUAAAGCUGAACAUUGAGGGCUCGCUGUUCAUGUGUCAGCUCACACCUGGUCAGUAUGGCGAGGAUCAAUAUUCAGUCAUUCUGCUGAAUCGGAAGGACAUCGACAACUUCACAGCACCCUUGCUCGAAGUAUCAAACGGUGGCGUCAAAAUACAAGAUCCAUACAUCAUCAUAAGUUUCGCAGAUCAGGCUGGCCAGCAGAAAAUAUACGGCGUUCAUGUCUUCUCGGACAAAGCUGAAGAAGCUGCCGAACUCCUCCAUCAGCAUGGCAAUCUUAUGGUCGCCCUGGCAGCCCACGCUGGAGUCAGUCGCAAGAAUGCAGAAUAUGAGGCAGGUGUGGGAUCGGCAGAGGAUGCUGAGGAAGCCUCACAAGAGACACAAAUCGUACAGCAGCCUGGUGGUCAAGAUCACAGUGCUGAGGAAGGCUUCCCAGGGUCUAAGAGUUACCCAGCAGUAGUCGAUUCGCAACCUCGACAACCAGUACCAGAACCUUCGCAACAAGGAGUCGAUCUGAUGGCCUUGUUCCGCGGUGCGGCGCCCCAGCAGUCUGCCCAAGUGCCCCGACAACAGCAGCCACAGUAUCACAACAAUAACAACCAUGCACCACAACAGCGAUCUCAGAUGCCAGUACAACCACAGGCAAAUGCCUUACUCAAUCUCUUUCAAAAUUCAGGACCACAGCAGCAAGCUCCGAUACCAGUCCAGCCACAGGCCAACGCAUUGCUCAAUCUUUUCCAAAGUUCUGGCCUUCAACCGCGGUGA